AUGAAGCAGCACCAUAUCGAUCUGGCUUUGCGACGAUUGGUGAAAUUUGCUGCGCCCAAAGCCUUCGUACUCCUUGUCUUGGCAUGCAGUUGGCUUCAGCUUCCACCUCCUGAGCAGGAGGUACAGGUGCUGGAGCUGUUUGCUGGACAAGCCAGGCUGUAUCCUCCUCAAUUCUGCGGACAAGUACUUCGUGUCCGCAAGGCCCUGAUGAAGUCAAAGCCACGGCUCCCCAAGGUGGACAUUGAAGUCCCUUUGAAAGAUUUACUCCUGAAUCUACCUGAAGGUGAUCGUUGGGAGGAUGCGAAGUUGAUGCCAUGCUUAGAUUACGUUUUGAAAUCGAAGCUCUUGAAGGUCCCCGAUGACUACAAGGAUGUACUCUUCGAUUUGCACUUCGCAUUGGCCGUGGCAAAGGGGUUGGGAGGGAUCCGAGUUCCAGCGCUGGCGCUCGUGCGGCCCCAGUGGUUGUUCAAGAUGGCACGGAUUCAAUUGCCCGUUCUUCUGGUGAUGGGACUCAUGAAUCAGAAUCCAAAGAUUCAAAUGGUGAAGAAGUUGUCCAGUGUGGAAAUUGUUGAAGAAACCCUGAGGGAUGAAACAUACCACCCUGACAACCAGCUUGGUUUGCCAGAAUUCCAAUCCCCUCCUUUUGGUGGUCGUGGAGAUGGGGAUGCAACUCCAUACUAUCCGCCUGGGACGGUAGAUGGGGCAUCUCCCAACGAACCCCCAACAAAGAGGGAAUCUUUUGAAGAGAAGUCGGUGAACCAUGACCGUGGACAGGGCUCCCAUGAACAGUCCCAGUUGGGCAUGUCAGAGAAUGAAAAGUUUCCUACUCCCAACGAGAUUCAGGAAGCAGGGGUUCCUACGUCCGGAGAGGCUCAGCCCCCAGCCAUGUUGUCAGAAGCUGCUGCCGCAGCUCGUCUCCGACGAGUGUGCCAAGCGAACAGCAAGGGCGAGUACAAAGUGCCUAUGGAAGUUGUGGCCAAGUAUAAGGAUGUUCACGACGGCCGUGUCGAUCUCAUGAAACUUUUUGAGAAGGUUGGCCACAGUCCGGACCGGGACGCAUUUGUCGCCAAAGUGAAAAGGGUUUACCAGAAGAUCGAAGAGUUCAGUAGGGAAUCCAACUUUGAGUUCUGGUCGGAGCAAGAUAUGAUCGAUGCAAAGUGGCCAGAGCGAAAGAUCAAGGGCGCAAAGAGAUUCUGCGAAUCCAGACCUGGGUUCACGAGGAAGAGCGACUACGGAGAAGGCACCUUGUACUGGGUUCUUAUUUCCGAGAAGGGACAACGCAAGAACACCGAGCGGAACAUCUUUGAGAAAGCUGUUGAAGAAGAAGUCUCGGACACUGAGAUGCCAGAUGUUUCCGAUAAGUUUGGGCCUUUGCGUGGCGCCGCCUGUGGGCCCAAAGACAAAGGGGUUCAGGGUGAUGAUGCGACCGUGGAAUCUGAUGAGUCUGAUGAGUGCAGUGAUGAUGCUGACCAGCAAAAGAUCUUGAAGCAAGUGAAUUUCCCCCCGGAGAUUGAAAGGUUGUUGGAGAAGGUCAGCAAGGCUCACAAAGACCUCACCGCUUCGGAUGAAUCAAUGAUGGAUCUUUACCAAAAGGGCUUGGUGGAUGGCUUCACCAAAACGUGCAUCGAAGCCAUCUGCAUGGACAGCCGUGUUACGCCAGGAAACCCAGAGAUCAAUCAAAGAAGGGCUGGCUACGAAGGAUUUGAAGGCUGCCGCCAGGACUCCACACCCAGCGGGCAAGUCCAAGGCGAAGGCCAAGUCGGUCACAGCAAUGAGGACCAGGCAUCACUGCUGGUGGCACAAGCUGCAGAGGGCCUGGGCGAAGGAGCACACGCCGAAGUGGAGGAGAAGCACAUUCAGUUAAUUUACGCACACGGGUCCUUCAAAUUGUGGGCAAUGGCAAACCACAGAAGUCCUGGACUACAAUCGUUCAGCAAAGCCUUCUUCGUGAUGAAGAGCUACGCGGACAGCCCUUGGAGUAAUUCCAAGGGUGCUGAUACUGUAUUGCUUAUCCAAUGGUUACAUUGGCUGGUUUCCCUUAAUUUGAAAACACCAGUGGAUGGAUUAGAUUUACAAUCCUAUGGCCGGAUGCUUCGCCUUUUCAAGCACACUGCUGAGCAAUCCUUUGGAGUCAUGGAGGUGGUGUACACUCAUGGCCUUUGGCUUUCGAGAACCUGUGCCAAACAUCUCUACGGAAGGUUGUUUCUGCUUCUCAGGGGAUACCGUUCUCUUGCAGCAGAAGCACUGAAGUUUCGCUUCAACGCAUUUGGACUGAAACCCAAAAUGCAUGCGAUAGCUCAUGUGGCAUUUGAGCUGCGCCAGCAGCUGCUGGCAAAAAGAAAACGGAUCCUUAACCCGUUGGCCUGGGGCUGCGAGCAAAACGAGGAUACAGUUGGAAGGGUCUCCAGGAUUGCACGAAAAGUGUCCGUUCGAACGAUUACAAAACGUGUGCUGGACAGGUACUUCCUGAAGAAACGCGCCCUCUUGAAACGCAAGUUCAGCAAGCAAAAGCGCGGGUGA